AUGCCAAACACAACAACCAUAUAUGUCCCUCACCUCGGUGGCAUUGAAGCCUCGUACCAAACGCCCGGCCUCGACACCAAAAAGCCUACCUUGGUACUUGUAAACUCCUUCACCACCUCUUCCGAGCUCUACAAGACACAAUAUGCAAACAAAGAUCUUACAGACAAGAUGAAUCUGCUCGCGAUCGAGCUGCUCGGCCACGGACAAACACGGUGCAAGCUUGAGAACUGGACUUACUGGGACACGGCUCUGAUGAACAUCCAAGUUCUGCAGGAGCUGGAGAAGAAGGGAGAGAUCGAUCAGAGUAAAGGUGUUUUUGUGCUUGGCACUAGUCAGGGUGGUUGGAUUACAGUGAGGAUGGCGUUGUUGGCGCCAGACAAGAUCACAGGUAUCAUUCCCCUAGGCACAAGUCUCGACUUUGAAUCUCCCAAAACUCGGGAGCUGGGCUGUUGGAACGCGCCCGACGAUCUGACACCUACCAUCGACUCAUGGAGCAAACCCUCAGACUCUGCUUUCCGACCUGGCAACGAGUUCGCCGACUUUCUGAUCGACAUCGGUUUCGGUAAAAACUGCUCCUCCUCAGUUCGAGACUUCUGGCGCAACGAAAUUGCCAACAAUUAUGUCGGCGAAGAAGGUAGGAAAAGAGCGAGAAUGGCGACGAUCAAUCUUCGCGAUAGAGAUGGUUUGCAUGGCAGAUUGGCUGAUGUCAAGUGUCCCGUGUUGUGGCUGCACGGUACUUCCGAUGUCGUGUAUUCAGUUGCAAACGCGGAGAGGGAGAUCAAGAUGUUCACUGGGAGCAAGGAUGCCCAACUCAAGGUCGUGCAGGAUGGACAGCAUUUCUUGUCGUUCAGUCAUCCCAAAGAAGUGGAUGGUGCAGUUGCUGAAUUUGUGGCAAAGUACUCUUGA